GUUUUGGGUUUGAAAUUCCAACAUGGCAGAGGCUGCAGUCCGUCUUCCCUUCAAAAACUUGGAAUGAUUUCAAAUCAUAAGCACCUUCGCUUAACCCUCGCUUCCAUUCAUCAGCAAACACAGCGGAUCGAUGCUACGCUAACCUAUCGGGUUCUCGCUCCGCGCGUUCAGGUUAAAUGAAUACCUGACGAAAGGGCCCACGUUUCAAGGCAGUGACAUUUGAUAGCUGAGAGGAAAAGUGGCUUUAAUGAAAAGCAACCUUUGGAAUUCCUGCUUGUGAGAAAUCCAAUUCAGCUUUUUGUGCUGCCAGCAAGAAAUGAUCAGUAGCACCAGUGUUUAUGGCUUGAAAAUGCAGUGGACGCCGGAGCAUGCCCAGUGGCCAGAACAGCACUUUGAUAUCACCUCGACCACGCGGUCUCCUGCCCACAAGGUUGAAGCUUACAGAGGUCAUUUGCAGCGCACCUAUCAGUACGCCUGGGCAAAUGAUGACAUAUCUGCUCUGACUGCAUCCAACCUACUGAAGAAGUAUGCGGAGAAGUAUUCCGGCAUUUUGGAGGGUCCUGUGGACCGACCUGUACUCAGCAACUAUUCAGAUGCACCAUCGGGACUAGUGAACGGUCGGAAAACUGAAAGCGAACCCUGGCAGCCUUCCUUGAAUUCAGAAGCUGUUUAUCCAAUGAACUGUGUUCCAGAUGUCAUCACCGCCAGCAAAGCUGGAGUCAGUUCAGCCCUCCCUCCAGCAGAUGUCUCUGCAAGUAUAGGGAGCUCUCCUGGGGUGGCCAGCAACCUGGCAGAACCUAGUUAUUCAAGUAGUACCUGUGGAAGCCACACCGUACCUAGUCUUCAUGCAGGCCUCCCUUCUCAGGAAUAUGCCCCAGGAUACAAUGGCUCAUAUUUACAUUCUACUUAUAGUAGCCAGUCAGCACCUGCACUUCCUUCACCUCACCCAUCUCCUUUGCAUAGCUCCGGGCUCCUACAGCCACCGCCACCACCUCCUCCACCACCAGCCCUGGUCCCAGGCUACAAUGGGACGUCUAACCUCUCCAGUUACAGCUAUCCCUCUGCUAGCUAUCCUGCUCAGACUGCCGUGGGGUCCGGGUACAGCCCUGGGGGUGCACCGCCACCUCCUUCUGCAUACCUGCCUUCAGGAAUUCCUGCUCCCACUCCUCUGCCCCCCACCACCGUUCCCGGCUACAGCUACCAGGGCCACGGUUUGACACCCAUUGCACCCUCGGCUCUGACCAACAGUUCGGCAAGUUCUCUCAAAAGGAAAGCUUUCUACAUGGCAGGCCAAGGAGAUAUGGACUCCAGUUAUGGAAAUUACAGCUAUGGCCAACAGAGGUCUUCUACACAGAGUCCUAUGUACAGAAUGCCCGACAACAGCAUUGGAAACACAAAUCGGGGGAGUGGCUUUGACAGAAGUGCUGAAACAUCAUCCUUAGCAUUUAAGCCCACAAAGCAACUAAUGUCCUCUGAACAGCAAAGGAAAUUCAGCAGCCAGUCCAGUAGGGCUCUGACCCCUCCUUCCUACAGUACUGCUAAAAACUCACUGGGCUCCAGAUCCAGUGAAUCCUUUGGGAAGUACACGUCGCCAGUCAUGAGUGAGCAUGGGGACGAGCACAGGCAGCUCCUCUCUCACCCGAUGCAAGGCCCUGGACUCCGUGCAGCUACCUCAUCCAACCACUCUGUGGACGAGCAACUGAAGAAUACGGACACGCACCUCAUUGACCUGGUUACCAAUGAGAUCAUCACCCAAGGACCUCCAGUAGACUGGAAUGACAUUGCUGGUCUCGACCUGGUGAAGGCUGUCAUUAAGGAGGAGGUUUUAUGGCCAGUGUUGAGGUCAGAUGCAUUCACUGGACUGACGGCCUUACCUCGGAGCAUCCUCUUAUUUGGACCUCGGGGGACAGGCAAGACGUUAUUGGGUAGAUGCAUAGCCAGUCAGCUGGGGGCCACGUUUUUCAAAAUUGCCGGUUCUGGACUAGUCGCCAAGUGGUUAGGCGAAGCAGAGAAAAUGAUCCAUGCCUCUUUUCUCGUGGCCAGGUGUCGCCAGCCCUCGGUGAUUUUCGUUAGUGAUAUUGACAUGCUUCUCUCCUCUCAAGUGAGUGAGGAGCACAGUCCAGUCAGUCGGAUGAGAACCGAAUUUCUGAUGCAGCUGGACACUGUGCUAACUUCGGCUGAGGACCAAAUCGUAGUAAUUUGUGCCACCAGUAAACCAGAAGAAAUAGAUGAAUCUCUUCGGAGGUACUUCAUGAAACGACUUUUAAUCCCACUUCCUGACAGCACAGCGAGGCACCAGAUAAUAGUACAACUGCUCUCACAGCACAAUUACUGUCUCAAUGACAAGGAGUUUGCACUGCUCGUCCAGCGCACAGAAGGCUUUUCUGGACUGGACGUGGCUCAUUUGUGUCAGGAAGCAGCCGUGGGCCCCCUCCAUGCCAUGCCAGCCACAGACCUUUCAGCCAUCAUGCCCAGCCAGCUGAGGCCUGUUACAUAUCAAGACUUUGAAAAUGCUUUCUGCAAGAUUCAGCCUAGCAUAUCUCAAAAAGAGCUCGAUAUGUAUGUUGAGUGGAACAAAAUGUUUGGUUGCAGUCAGUGAUAACUCCUUUAACAAACAAACAAAAAAUGUGAUGAAUGUUUGGCACACACACAUAAAACCUACUACAUAGGGAAUAGAGCCCCUUUCCAGUAGUGCUUAUAUUGCAAAGGGUAUGGUGGGAAGAUGACGAGUAAGUUGCAUCUUUAGCGUCAGGGUAGAUUUGGAGGAAAUGUGCAUCACGUAAGAGCUUCUGAUUUGAAAAAGCCCCAGAUGGCAGAAAGUCUGUGCGGAUGCUCUGUUGGUUUCCAGCUAGACAACACUCGCCAAGGAGCAAGGUGCAAGUGUGUUGAUUUCAGAAGGACAUGAGCCUCGUGUGUUGAUUCCAUUCUGCUGUUCUUGAGAUUUAGUUGCUGUCAAGUGCCUGGAGUGGUGCUUUCUUUUUUGUUUGCCUCACAAUUACAUUGGUGGCAUGUGCUAAUAUAAAGAGCUUUAACUUCAAACAUUAUCGGACUCAAGAGAUGAACGGUUGUGUUAUGACAGAAAACCAGAUUUUUGCCAUUUUAAGAGCAACAGUAUUCCUCAAUCCUGUCUGUUCUGCAGUAUUAAGCUAAGAACAGGUAACACAGGGUAACGGUGAUCUGGACCUUAAUUUCUGCAGUUCAUUUCUUUUGAUGUUCUUGUCUGCAAAAACUCAGGAAAGUGAUUGUGAUUUGUACAGUACCUCAAAGGAAUGUGUUGAAAGCACUAUGUACUGCUGAGAGGAAUGGGAUAGGCUUCGGUGUUACUUUAUAUUAAAAUGUAUGUUUACCUCAACAAUUGGAAACUAACAAGGAAGAUUACUUUGAAUGUAUCCAGAGAAAUACUGAAGUGUGAUACAACUGAAUAUUUACAACUAUAAGUAGAAAUGGAGGGAUUGGGGAAAACAAAAUGUCUUGUAUGAAGGAUGGGGAAUUAACCAGAGCAGAAUAAUUCUUCAUGUCAAUAACUGCGAGAGUUCUUAGUACAUUGCUCCUUGAUCAUUCAAAGAUGUUCUUAAAAGGUACACUGGUUAAUGGAAAGCUACUUAUUCAGUUUGUGUUAGUGUCUAGAACAGUCAGCCACCAGGCCUCUUGAGGACCCUGAAAGUCACAGUACCUGGAAAUCAGAACUGCCCUCGACUGCAGAAGCAGCAAUGGCGGAGGGGGUGGUUUGCAAGUUCUCUCUUAAAACUGCUGGGAACGGUGUCAUUCUAUUCACUAAUCUAGCUUCUGAGCUUGCCAUGCUGCAUGAGAGAAUGCAGAGGAUAGCAACCAAAACAAAGAAAGAAAGAAAGAAAAGUGAAAGGAAAAAAAAAAAAAGCAACAACCAGUCAACUGCUAUAUAUCCACAAAGAACUCCAUCCGCUCCCCUCUGUGGCUCCACUCUUGUCAGUGCAGUUUUACUUCUCAUUUUGAAUCGCAGUGCUCCUGUGUUUAUUUCUACCUCAGUUUUGUUACAUUUCUCUCUGAGCGUAAGGUAAAGUAGGGAAUUGGAAGUGGACACACACACACACCACGAUGUAGCUUGCCAAAUACGUUGCUUGGUUUUCUUCCAUCUUUCCAUUUCCCUGUUAAGUUUAGUUUCCAAAAGAAACUGCCUUUAUGCCUGCUUCCACCACAACUCUCCACACUCCUCCUAUGGCAUUUAUGGCAUUUUUCUUAGUUUCUUCUUCUUCUCUUGUUCCCCACCCAGUUGUUCUUUCUUUCUGUUAAUGCUUUCUGUGCAACUUCUCACUGACAGCUGGCUAGUGUUUGGCAUUGCUUCUGAACAGCCAUGGUGCGAGCUGGAGCUUCCCAAAGUUACUGGCCAUGCAGAACCAGAACAGCCUGGCCUUUUGAAUGUAUGUCCUCUUUUUUUCCCCUUCUGCUCCCUUUUUUUUUUUUAAUUUAGAGAUGCAGUAACAAAACUGUGGCAAAGCACUGGCAUUUUAUGUAUUCAAUAAGUAAUGUACAUUUUUUUUCAAAGAUUCAAAUAAAUGCAAUGAGAAGCCCCAA